AUGAGAGUUCUCAAGACGUCUUUGCAUUGCCUCUUUUGGGUGAACAUGUUGGAUGAUGGUACCUCUGGCAGCAACAAGAUACGGAUCUCAAAGCAAGGAUGCUCAGCAGCACAUACUGGAUCGGAUGGAUACAAGGUUAUUUGCAAGCAUCGAUGGAAUGGUAUUGGGAAUACCUCAAGGUACAGUGCAUCAUUGUGGGAUUGGUCGGAUUUAAGUGGACUUACCAAACUCCAUACAGUGGCAGAUCCUCUCUCAGCAAUACUAUUAUUAUCAAGGCUGCACGUCAAGGAUGUCAUUGUACUACAUUUUCCUGUGGAGCUCUACAUGUUGUGCCCGGGGACAGUGCGACUCAUGUUGCGGCCUCAGGGAUUUAAAAAUGCAUCCUCUGUUCGCACGGCUCCAUCGUUUUACGGCUAUUGA